AUGACAUCGAGCAGUUUUGAACAUGUCGAAGUAGCGCCGCCAGACGGCAAGCUAAAUGCUUCCGAGAUUUGCGUAGAGCGUAUAGAAGAGGAGAGACGGCUUGUGAGGAAGGUCGAUCUGUAUCUGCUACCAACGAUUUGGCUGAUGUAUCUAUUGUCGUAUAUGGAUCGAACAAACAUUGGCAACGCCAAGAUUGCGGGCAUGGAAGCAGAUCUGAGGCUUUCUUCCAGCCAGUAUUCGAUAAUGUUGGUAGUCUUCUUCGUCACGUACGUCUGUUUCGAAAUUCCCUCAAACCUUGUCCUGGCCAAGACACGGCCGUCCGUAUUCCUGCCGGUCACUAUGAUUCUCUGGGGCAUCGUGACUUGUUGUAUGGCAGCUGCUACAUCUUACAAGCAUCUCAUCGCUUUGCGCCUGAUCGUCGGUUUACUGGAAGCUGGUUUUGCACCCGGAGUACUGAUGAUCUUAUCGUCAUGGUACAAGAAGAACGAAAUGUCGAAGCGAUUUGCGGCCUAUAUCUCUGCAGCUGUAUUAUCCGGAGCCUUUGGUGGUCUUCUGGGUGGUGCCAUAACACAGGGUCUCGACGGUGCGCAUGGGAUAGAAGGGUGGCGCUGGUUAUUCAUUGUUGAAGGAGCUGCGACUAUCAGCUGGGCCAUUAUCGCACACUUCAUUCUUCUCGACUUUCCCAGUACCACAAAGAAGUUCUCUGCGCGUGAAAGACUUCUGGCGACCGAGAGAUUACAGAGGGACAACGUAACGGCUACGACCGGAAAUAGCAGCCCAAAGGUUAGCUCAAUGCAAGCAACCGUCAUAUCGUUGAAGAAUUGGAGAACUUGGGUCCUCACCUUAGGCUACAUGGUCAUCGUUGGGUCCUCGACUCUUUCAUACUUUUACCCAACCUUGGUUGAAGGCCUGGGAUAUACGUCGCAUAUGGCGCAGUAUAUGACGGUUCCCAUCUAUGCGGUAGCAUUCGUCGCAGUCGGUUUCACAGGAUACUUUGGGGACCGGAUUACAGAAUACCGAGGAGUAGUAAUCGCGAGCUGGCUUGCCCUUAGCAUGGUGUGUAGCAUCGUUGUAUGUGUUGUCUAUGACUUCACAGCUCGGUAUGCACUGCUGGUAAUCAUGGCUGCUGGGCUCUGGGCGUCAAAUGGAUUGGCGCUGUCCUACGCGGGCAGCACGUUUGGCCCACUGCAGCAAGAAGUCCGCGCAGUCAGCUUGGCCUUCGUCAAUGCCAUGGGAAAUCUGGCUCAAAUCUAUGGCGCGUACUUGUUUCCAUCGGACGACAAGCCGAAAUACCUGAUGGGGUUUGGGGUGAUCAGCGGUAUGUGUGGGUUUGGAGUUGUUGUGUACACGGUCGCGCACGUAUCAUUCAAGCGAUGGCCCACGACAUCGUAG